AUUAAAAGAGGGCAACGGGAGCUGUGCUACUUUGCACAUAAACCGUCAACUGUUGAAUCACUUUCUGAUAAGCAUUCUUGUAUAAAAUGUUUGAAACAGAUAAUUUAUUAAUUAAUCGCGUUUGUUUAGUCUGCUCGUCAAUAUAAUGGGCGGUAAAAAUAUUUUAUCUAAGUUUUUAUUUUGUGGGUGUAAAAAUAAUAAAAAAUUACCGGAAGAAAAGGAAAAACCCCCGUUACCAAAUAACACAGAUAUUGAAAGUGAUUCUCGAAUUCAAAAUAUCAACCUAUGCAUCGAAAAAAAUGGAGAAGAACACAACACCUCGAAAUAUUUCCACAUGCGUCAAGGAACCAAAUCGAAUUUAGUGAUCAGACGUGGUCAAAGUUUUCGAAUUGAAAUAACCCUCAGUUCCCCAUACAAACCAGACACGGACAAGAUUGCUUUUAAUUUCAAAAGUGCAGAUGCUAAAAUACCAAAUUUCCGAGAUGGAACCAUAGUGCUUAUUGGUUUAUCAAAAAAUAACGAUUCAGAAUACGCUUGGAAAGCAAAUUUGGUCUCUCAUGAAGCUAAUACAGUUGUUGUCGAUAUAACACCAUCACCCGAUUGUAUCGUUGGGAAAUGGUCAUUGAUGGUUGAAUAUAAAAACACAGAAAAUGUUGCUACGUUUAAUUUGCCAAAAAGUAUUUUUAUUCUAUUUAAUCCAUGGUGUGAGGAAGAUGAAGUUUUUAUGGAAUCUAAAGAAUGGAGAGAAGAAGCCGUUUUGAAUUCGGAUGGAAUGAUAUGGUGCAAUAUGACGAAUUUGGGAAGACCAUGGAAUUAUGCGCAGUUCGAUGAAGACAUUUUAGAUUGUGCUUUGUAUUUAGUGGGAAAUUUGGGUCAAUUGAAAGGUCGUUUACGUUCGGAUCCAGUUCAAGUAACUAGAAAGCUUUCCGCUGUUAUGAAUAGCAACGAUGAUUAUGGGGUUUUAGCUGGAAAUUGGGGUAAGGAUUAUACAGGAGGUGUUAGUCCUUUAAAAUGGACAGGAAGUAGAGAUAUUUUACAACAGUACUACAAGAAAAAGCAGCCUGUUAAGUUUGGACAAUGUUGGGUAUUUGCUGGAAUUUUAACAUCAGCUUGUAGAGCUCUUGGAAUACCGGCACGUACCAUAACAAAUUUUAGUUCGGCGCAUGAUGGUGAUGGAUCAAUAACUAAUGAUUUCUUCAUAGACGAUGACGGUAAAAUAGAUAGUGGAUCAGAUUCCAUUUGGAACUUCCAUGUUUGGUCUGAAGUUUGGAUGAAAAGAGCCGAUCUUGGAACCGGUUAUGAUGGAUGGCAAGCUUUAGAUGCUACACCUCAGGAAAGAAGUGACAGAAUCUUCCGUUGUGGUCCAGCUUCGGUUGUCGCCGUCAAAAACGGAGAUAUUACCAAACCUUACGAUGUCCCAUACGUUUUUUCUGGUGUCAACGCUGAUACAGUGACUUGGAAGUUGGAUAGAAACGGUUUCGCUUCUCAAUUGGUAGAGAAAAAUACUAAUCACGUCGGAAAAUUUAUAAGCACAAAAAGUCCAAGUGGUUAUAAAAGAUUAGAUGUCACGGAUGCUUAUAAAUUUAAUGAAGGUUCUGCCGAGGAAAGGGCAAUUUUCUUAAAAGCUAUGCGUCAAGUUGAACAUCCAUUCGGGAAAGCUUACGUUGCCAGUAAAUUCGAAGAAAUUAUUUUCAAAUUUAAAUAUUACGACGAUAUUAACGUUGGAGAAUCAUUCGACCUUAAAUUAAUAAUGACCAAUACAAACACUACCCAAAAUUUUAACAUCCUCACCAUAUUACGGUUGGAUGUAUUUUCUUACAACGGUAAACUUCUCGCUACCGCCAAAGCCAUCAAAGAAACUGUGAAUGUACCGAAAAAUGGCCAGAAGGAAUUCAUAAUGCCCGUCACUUUUGAAGACUACAACAAGUUUUUGACCGAUAACUGCUUCUUUGUCAUUUCCUGUUUAGCGUCAGUGGAAAACACAAAUUAUUACUAUUACGAUAGGGAUAACGUUAUAAUUAAAAAGCCGGGUGUAUCAAUUGACGUCGCAAAUAAGAAUCAAGUUGGAAGACAGGUUCAAGGAUGUGUUGGUAUAAAAAAUCCUCUUCCCAUUCCGUUGAAGAAAGGAGAAUUUCUUAUUGAAGCACCCGGUUUAGGAAAACAACUUAAAAUUAAAUUGAAGAAUGAUAUUCCUCCGCACGGUGAAAUUACUGAACAAUUUAUGUUUACUCCGGAAAUGCCUGGACUUCAAACUGUUGCAGCUAAAUUCGUAUCGAAACAAUUAGAUGAUGUUGAAGGUUUCAAACAGAUUGUUGUUGAUGUUUAAUUAAUUUGUAUUGUUUUUUUUUAUUAUAAAAUAGUUGAU